AUGGCAGAGACAAUAGGCCUGAUUGCAAGUGUUCUACAACUGGCUGGUACAGGCCUGAAGCUUUCGCAGGCGCUGUAUGAGUAUGCGGAUGCUGUGGCCUCUGCGGACCGUAGAAUCAGGGAUAUCGCGAAGGAGGUCAGGCUCACAAGUUUCGUCAUUGAAGAGCUGGGCAGUGUUUUCAGGCAAGAUGACACGUCAAGCGUUAUUUCAGACAAAGCAGUCCAGACAGCAAAUGAGACCAUGGAAGAAUGCUCUGUCUUCUUUACAGAGAUCGAAGUAACGCUGAACAAAAGCAAGAAGGGGAAAUUCGGUCGUCUAUUGUUGCCCUUCCGAGACAGCAAAAUCGAAUUACUGCGGAGCCACAUUGACAAGCUCAAGAGUACGCUGCAGCUCUUGAUGCAAGUGCUCACACAUGCUUAUCAAGUAUGGGCGAUGAAGAUUGACCGCGAAGCUGAAGAAAAACAAAGGGAAGAGAUUAGACAGUUGUUAGAGAACAAGAAGAAUUCUACGAAAAGAUGGGAAGAGUCGCUGAGAAACUUAAGUAUCAGCGAUAGCAGCACUGCCGUCGAUGAGGAUGAGCGUUCAAUUGACGAAGAAGAUGGGCCUACUUUCGGAAUGGUUACGAUUGGUUCAACCAUGACACGUGAAACUCUUGUCCUCUGCGUAGACAGCGUUCGGACCCUACUGGAAGACAUCAAGAUUUUGGAGCAAGUUAUCUCCAGUAAUACCCCUGGAGAUGACUGUUCAGAAGACCAUCAGAGGGCUGUCGGGUCUUACUUCCGCGCUCGCUCUCAACUCGAUUCCGUUCUGCUGGGCGAGACAACCUCGCCAUCAAUCAGCAGCCAUGCCCCGGCAACGGCGUCCACGAUGCCAACUUCCGAGCAUCCCAAUCAAGAAGAUAAACUCACAACCACACAAGAGACUACAGUCUCGAUUAUAAAGGGCGAUGAAGUCCGUCACUUAUCAGACGCCACGAUCGAAUACACGCUCAUGGACGAUGAUCUUGGUCUUGAUCUCGGUGACGAUGUUGAAGUCGUGGAUGUAGAUACAAGCGGGGCUGCUACUGAGAAAGAAAAGAAGAACUCUGACAAUACUAGGGGAGACGAGAUUGACGAAUUACUACGAGAAUGGACAAAGGUACACAUGUGA